AUGGUUAUUGUCGAAGGCAGUGAAGCAAAUAAAACUGGACAUAGCUCAAAACCGACGUUAGAUAAAAGAAGGAGCAAUAUAGUUGACGAAGCAUUUCUAGAACAAAAAGAAAUAUUAUUGGAUAUGGUGCGUAUAUUUUUUGAAAGUAAAGCUUUGGAGAAGAAAAUGCUGAAUAGCGACGUUUGUCUAUACUUUAUGUUACUAGAAUCAAAACUAAAGGAAGUAAGAGACAAAAAGAAGAAGAAAACUAUUGAUGGGAAACAUCUCGAUGCAUUAGAACGCGAUAAGUGUGAAAGUAUGCUCAAAAAUGUUGACGUUAAUGUUAAAAUAAAUGGCAUAAGCGCUGUUGGAGAGGCAGAUUUGAAACUUAAAUAUGGGAAUUCGAGUAAAGGAUUCAUAAAUAUUAACUCAACCGGAAUUUCCAACGUUGGCCAAGCUAACAUAGAGUUGGGUGUUGGAGAAAGUGCCGUGUUCAUCCCGGGCCUCAGCAACAUAUUUAUUGAUCGCAAAUUAUUGGAUUGUGUAAACAAAAGAGCGACUACAAUCAUAGCAAAAGCAAAGUCUGAUGACACAAAGAAAAUUGAAGAUAAUAAUAAGAAUGAAAUGGAUGCUCAAGUUGACAUCAGGCCUGAUGCGUCUACUGUGCCUUUAUCGGAAAUAAUUACAACCACCGCCUCCAAAAUAGUUGAGAUUGUUAUUCCUACUGCUUCAACGCUUUCAUCUAUUGUAAAUCAACCACCUCCCGCAAUAUUUCCUCCGGCUCUUUUCGGUGAUAUAGUUCCCCGAGCGAAUCAGCUUCCAAUAGUAAAGGGUAUGCCACAGGAGAUACCCCAGGCAAAUCCGCAACAAGCUCUGCCUCAGGCUCUUCCACAAGCUUAUCCCCAAGCUGUUCAACAAGCUGUACCACCAAAUGGUAUUAUUAAUGCUGUUUAG